CCAUGAUCUCCAAGACCGAGCCCGAGCCCACAAUCAUCGACAUCCGAGAGGAAACCACCUCGGAUUCGAUCCGGGACCUAGUGGUGCAAGGCCUCACCAGCGAACCACGGACGCUGCCAGCGCUCCUCUUCUACAGCACCGAAGGCAUCCAGCACUGGAACCACCACUCGCACCAGCCAGACUUCUACCCACGGCACGAAGAAACCCAGAUCCUGCGCGACCACGCAGAGAGUAUCGCGGACACCAUCGCGCCGAACAGCAUAAUCGUAGACCUAGGCAGCGCAACACUAGACAAAACCCUGCACCUCCUCCUCGCCCUCGAAUCCCAGCACAAACCAACAGACUACUACGCCCUCGACCUCAGCGCCAGCGAGCUCUCCACUUCGCUGCAAACCCUCCAGAGCGCCAAGAAAUUCCAGUACGUGCGCUGCGCAGCGCUACACGGAACCUUCGACGACGGAUUGCGCUGGCUCCGCGACACCCCCGGUAUCCGCGAGCAGCCGCAGCACCUCCUCUUGUUCGGGCUGACGCUGGGGAAUUUCUCGCGGCCCAAUGCCGCGGCGUUUGUGCGGCGGAUCGCUGAGCAUGCACUGACCGGGAGACCGAGCGAGAGUAGUUUGGUGUUGACGCUGGAUUCGUGUCGUGUGCCUGUGCGGGUGCUGCGGGCUUAUACCUCUGAGGGCGUUGUGCCGUUCGCGAGGGCGGCGUUGGGGUUUGCGAAUCGGAUGUUUUUGGGGGAGAAGGAGGAGGAGGAGGAGGAGGAGGAGGAGGAGGAGGGGGAUGUUGGUGCAGGGAAGGGGAAAGGGCGCGUGUUUGAGCCCAUGGAGUGGGAGUAUCUUAGUGAGUGGAAUCAUGGGCUCGGGCGCCAUGAGGCGUCGUUGAUUCCCGGGCCUGCGGAGGUAACGCUGGGGAAGCCUUUGGAGGAGAUUACCGUCCGGCGUGGCGAGAAGGUGCGGUUUGGCUGUAGUUAUAAGUAUGAUUCUGCGGAGAGGGAGGCACUCUGGGAGGCGGCGGGCGUGGAGUGUGUGGAUGCCUGGUCGAAUCCUGGGUGUGAUGUUGCUUUUUAUCAGGUGAAGACUAACGCUUAG